AUGGCCGACAACCAAAAGACAGAGGACCUCGAGUCCAACAACCUCGCAACAACGCCCACCUACGAAACAAAGAAACAGCCCGCACAAGACCUCUCCAAUGAGGAUUUGAGCAUUCAAUCACCUUCGGAUCUAGUCAAUGUGCAACUCGACUCCGCCAAGGAGAAGAAGUUGCUGGCGGCGUUAGAUCUACACUUCGUCCCGAUUAUCAUGUUUGCGUAUUUGACUUGUUUCCUUGAUAGAGGGAAUAUCGGAAAUGUCAAAGUAGCAGGUAUGCCAGAAGACAUUGGUGCCUCCAACGCACAGUACUCCACCGCCGUCUCAAUCUUCUACGCAACAUACGUCACAUUCGAAACGCCCCUUGCCAUGUUAAUGAAGAAAAUUACUCCACGCAAUCUCCUCUGCGGGCUUUGCGUGGUAUGGUCACUCACCACCAUUUUCACGGGUUUCGUGACUAGUGUUGGCGGUUUGUGGGUGUAUAUUAUUGAAGGUAUCUUCAGCAUAAUCGUGGCUGUGUGGAUUUGGUUCGGGCUACCCAAUGACCCUACAAACGCCUACUUUUUGACUCCGGAGCAAAAAUGGAUGAUGCAAGUCCGAAACGAGCAGUCGAGACAUUAUCUUGGUCCUGAAAAGUUUACCUGGGAUCAGUUCUGGAUCGAAGUGCGCGAUCCCAAGUUAUACUUCAGUGCCGCGACACAAUUCUGCCAGGACAUCCUACUCUACGGCUUUAGUACUUUCUUACCCGCCAUCCUCAAAAGCUCAGGCUACGACACCCUCCGAAGCAAUGCCUUGACCGUCCCCGUCUACAUCUGGGGCGUUAUCAGCUUCACUCUUCUUGCUUGGUGGGCAGACCGCAUCACACGCUUCGCCCCCUUUAUUCUCGGCGCAAACGCCGUUUCCAUGAUCGGCUACAUCCUCUUGCUAGCUGUUAAAACCAACAACGCAGUCCGCUACUUCGCCACUUACCUCUGUGUAGUAGCCUGCUACCUUGGUCCCGGUCUCAAUUUGGCCUGGUUGAAUGUCAAUGUUGCGCCUCAUCAUCGCCGUGCAGCGGCUGUUGGGUUGCAGCAGACUAUCGGCAAUACAGCCGGCAUCGUUGCGGGUCAGGUUUAUCGUACUUCGCCGUAUGUUUUGGGCAAUUCUUUCUCGUUGGGUGCGGUCUGUCUUGCGCAGUUGUUGGUUGUAGGUCAUACGUUGUAUAUUCGACGAGAGAUAGCGCUUAAGGAGAGUAUUGCGGAGGGCAAGGUAGAAGAUAAGAGGAACGUCACUACUGGUGAUGGAGCUGUUGACUACAAGUAUUUUUAUUGA